GUGGCGCCACUCAUUUGCGAGCCAUUCCUCUCCAGUAAAAUAAUGGUCGGACACCACUUCAAUAAGGUGUCCGAGUUGACCACAAUGGGUGAUAAUACCAGUGCCAACGCGCUCGCCGCCAACGAUUUAGUAUUCAAUACAUCCGACUAUAUCACAGACAACCAAAUCCGGGCCAAUCCUAUCGUGAUUUACAUCCCGUACGCAUUGGCCGGCGCUUUGAGUAUCGCCGGCGCCAUCAAUGUCCUCAUACUCUUCAUAUACAAGAGAUACGAACCGCCGGCCAAACAGUCCAACACUGAACACGAGAAUAAAGAUCUCAUACAAACAAACAAAAAUUCUUCGCCGUUGAAGACAUUCAUUCAGCGAAACAUUCCUCCGUUUAACAUCAUAUUCAUGGUGACAAUGGGCGCCCUAUUCCUGACAUUCUUCGUGGGUAUGGAGCAAAUGCAUCUCCAAUUCCUGCCCACGUUUGCCGUCAGCUCCGACCUCAAUAUGAGCCCUCAGGCGGCAGCUCUGGUCACGUCGGCGUCGGCCGCCGCCUUUACCGUCGGUCGCGGGCUAUCCAUACCUCUGGCCAUAAAACUCAAGCCCGAAGUGAUUCUCUAUGCAAACCACGUGAUGAUG